AUGGGUGCCGGUGCAAUUUUAGAGCCGUUGGUCGUCAUUGUCCUGCUUUUUGGAGGCACGUGGAUCAACCGGAUUACUUCAUCCGUUGUAUCUCCCAGCCAUCCUCGUCAAGGGUCUUCCCCUUACGCGCGAGGAACCUCUCCCGAUUCUUUGGAGUCUGGAUAUUCCAGCCCGACAGUCAAAGAUGGCCUUCUGAGCCCUCGGUGCCGUUCACCUGAGAUUCUCGAAGAAAGUUGGCACAAACGGCACGUUGGAAUCUUUGGCUUGUCCUUUUGCGUGACGACCCCAGCCACCGAGGUUUUCCAAGGUCGUCUGCUCAGUCGUCUGCUUCGAAAGCUGCCCUUUUUGGUGGAAUGCUGGUACUGGGCUCUUGUAUAUUGGACGUAUCAGCUUGGACGUGCAUUCACCGCUGUGACCCUCAAGGAAGAUACUGUUGAUUUUGCCCGACGACAUGCUCUCCAAUUGAUUCGGGUAGAGGAGAGACUGGGCAUCUUCUGGGAGCUCCGAAUCCAGCAUUUCUUCCUCCGGCAUCCUCCGGCUAUGACUUGGAUCAACUGGAUAUACUCGUUCAUCCAUAUUCCCGGUACAAUCGCGUUCCUCGUUUGGCUUUAUUAUUACACCAUCACUCGGAACCGCAUCGAUGAGUCCCAGCCAGGGAAGCCUCGGGGUUCAGUGAGCGGAUCACCUGCAGGGCCGUUGUUAUAUCAAGCACGGAGACGGACACUCGCCGUGUGCAAUCUCCUGGCGUUUGUCGUAUUCACCCUCUGGCCGUGUAUGCCACCUCGACUGCUCAGUGACCCGAACGUGGAAGGCCCGGAGGGAGAGCUGGCCCGCAGCUAUGGGUUUAUUGACACUGUUCAUGGAGUCAACGGAGCGGGAAGUGUGUGGACUGAAAACCGCUUUUGCAAUCAGUAUGCUGCGAUGCCGUCCUUGCAUUUCGGAUACUCGCUCAUGAUCGGCUUCACCAUCAUGACCAUCCCCCUCCCCCGCCAUCAUCGCCGCACGAUCCGGACUCGGUUGGUUCCCACUAUUGGGCUGCGCCUACCCUCCUGGCACCGGAUUCUUUGUCUUGUACUGGGUUUUCUUUAUCCGUUCAUGAUUCUGGUAGCCAUCGUGGCGACGACCAACCACUUUAUACUGGAUGCGAUUGCGGGGGCCUUGGUCUGCGCCCUGGGCUGGUGGUUCAAUGGUGUGCUUCUGAACUUGCUGCCAAUGGAGGACUGCUUCCUCUGGAUCGUACGGAUCCACAAACCGGAGUCAUCAUCGGUCAGAAUUGUCAAUACGUCUGAUGGCUGGGAAUCAGAAGGGGUGGAACCCGGCCAGGCUGUUUUGACGCCCUGA